AUGGUUGGAGGAAGUAGGCCAGAGAUGAAUAGUAAUAGGAGGACACGGACUGAAGCUUUUAAGAAAGUAGCUCCCCAAGAGAUUCAGUACAUGAGAAACAAUAACUUCUGUUGGAAAUUUGGGGAUCAAUGGGGACCAGGCCAUCUAUGCAAAAUGAAGCAAGUUAAUAUGAUUGUGGCAGAAGAAGGAGAUGAUGUGGGUGAUUUCUAUCUGAUAGGAGAAGAAAUUGAAGAUGCUGGAGUGAUAGAGGAGAUUACUAAAGCUCAACUGCAUGCUAUAACUCAACUUGAAGAUUGUUGUGCUUUACGGGAUGAGAAAAGGAAAUUGAUAGUCAUUUUGGGUUACAUUGGAGACAUUCUGAUCAAGAUAUUAAUUGAUACUGGAGCUGCCAAAAGUUUUCUUGACAUGGUAGAUGGCCACAAGGUUAGAAAUGAUCAAGUGUGCCUUGGGACACAAUGGACUAUACAACAGCAUCACUUCAAGUUUGAUUUGAAGCUUUUGGAGCUUGGAGGAUGGGAUUUAAUUUUAGACAUUUUGCAUUUGCAUGUGGGAGAAGUCAUCAAAUUGAGUAGUACCCUGCAUGUGGGUUUAUUGAUUCUCACACUUCAGUAUACUCUGCUGUUCUUUCGGGUCGCUGAAUUGAAUUGUAAUGGUUUGAAGAACUACUUUUCAUCUUUGAUACCUAAGGUUUUCCUUAAAAUUAUGGAAGAGAGCCCACCAGUUAGUGCAUCCGAUGGGAAAAUAACCGGAAUCACAUUCAGUUUAGCAACUCGGGAAGAAAUUUGUAAAGCAUCUAUUAGUGACUGUGGCAUCAGCCAUGCAAGCCAACUCUCGAAUCCAUUUCUUGGCCUGCCGCUCGAAGUUGGAAAGUGUGAAUCAUGUGGUACUUCUGAGCCUGGGCAGUGUGAAGGUCAUUUUGGCUACAUUGAGCUACCAAUGGCAAUAUAUCAUCCUGAUCAUGUUGGGGAAUUGAAGCAAAUGUUGAGUUUGCUGUGCUUAAAGUGCUUGAAGUUUAAAAACAGAAAGCUUCAGGUCAAGAAUGUUGGCGUUAUUGAACGGAUGUUUUCGUGUUGUGAGGAGGUUUCCCAAGUUGUGGUCGAAGAGGUAAAAACUCAAGAGGGUGCAUGCUACCUGUUGCUGAAAGUACCAUCACGAAAAAAGGUUCAGGAUAAUUUCUGGAGUUUCUUAGAGAAGUAUGGAUUUCGAUACAGCAAUAAGAAUCACCGACCUUUGCUUCCAUCUGAGGUGAUGAGAAUUCUGAAAAAAAUUCCUCAAGAGACGAGAAAAAAGCUUGCAACCAAAGGGUUCUUCCCGCAAGAGGGAUAUGUUCUUCAGUACUUGCCCGUUCCCCCAAACUGCUUGUCGAUUCCUGAUAUAUCUGAUGGAACAACUAUUACGUCCAGGGACCAUUCUAUAUUUCUGCUGAAAAGAGUGCUGAAACAGAUAGAGGUCAUCAAGAAUUCGAGAUCCGGAAUGCCAAACUUUGAGUCACAUUUAAUUGAAGUCAACGAAUUACAGGCUGCCAUUUCAGAAUAUUUUCAAUUCCGUGGCACUGGAAAGGCUUCUCGAGAUGUGGAUGCUCGAUUUGGAGUUACCAAAGAGCCUACGUCCUCUAAAGCAUGGCUGGAGAAGAUGAAGACUUUGUUCAUCAGGAAGAGCUCAGGGUUUUCAUCUCGUAGUGUGAUCACUGGGGACCCAUAUAUAGGGGUUAAUCAGAUUGGUCUCCCUCUUGAGAUAGCACAAAAAAUUACCUUUGAAGAGAGGGUCUCUAAGCACAACAUCCGCUACCUUCAAAGGUUGGUUGACGAAAAGCUUUGCUUGACCUAUAGGGAUGGGAUGUCGACCUAUUCCCUGAGAGAAGGUUCAAAAGGUCAUACGUUUUUAAGACCUGGUCAAGUUGUCCACAGAAGGAUCAUGGACGGGGAUAUGGUCUUCAUAAACAGGCCUCCGACGACUCACAAACACUCCUUACAAGCUCUUUCAGUGUAUAUUCAUGAUGAUCACACUGUGAAGAUCAAUCCCUUGAUUUGUGGUCCUCUUAGUGCUGAUUUUGAUGGUGAUUGUAUCCACUUGUUUUAUCCCCAGUCCCUUGCAGCAAGAGCAGAAGUCCUUGAGCUAUUUUCAGUGGAAAAACAGCUACUUAGCUCUCACACUGGGAACUUCAACUUGCAAAUGGCGGCUGACUCCUUGUUGUCACUUAAGUUGAUGUUUGAAAGGUACUUUUUUGGUGGAGUUACUGCUCAGCAAUUGAUGAUGUUUGUAUCAGAGUUAUUACCUGAGCCUGCUGUGAUGAAAUCCUGCAGCACUGGCAAUAUGUGGACGGUUUUGCAGAUUUUACAGGCUGCAUUACCUCCUUCCUUUGACUGUAGUGGGGAAAGGUACACCACCCAUAGAAAUGCGUUGGUGAAAUUUGAUUAUAUCAGGGAUUUGUUGCAGUCAAGUUUCACGGAGAUAGUUACCUCUAUCUUGUUUUCAAAGGGUCCAAAGGAGGUUGUCAACUUUUUCAACUCGUUAACACCAUUGCUGAUGGAAAAUGUGCAUUCUGAAGGGUUUAGUGUUUGCUUGGAGGAUUUUUGCAUUCCGGAGGAGUACUAUGAUAAUGCGCAAGUAAAUUUGAGGAGUAUCACACAGUUGCUUCGUGGCAUGCGUUCAUCGCAAAGUGAGUCACUACAUCUGGAGAUAAACAACCGUUUGCGAGCAGUGAGAAUGCCCAUGUCAAACCUGGUCCAGAGCUCAUCUGCCAUUGGCCUGUUGAUGGAUUCUAAAAGUGAGGGUGCCCUGAACAAGGUGAUCCAGCAAAUUGGCUUCUUAGGGAUGCAGUUGUCAGACAAGGGACAGUUCUAUACGAAGACGUUGAUAAGUGACCUUGAGCAGCUAUUUCAAAGAAAAUAUCCAUCCAGAGGCAAGUAUCCCUUUGAGGAAUAUGGAUUUGUUAGAAGCUGUCUCUUUCAUGGAUUGGACCCAUAUCAAGAAAUGAUUCACUCAGUCUCUAGUAGAGAAGUUAUUGUCCGUUCAAGUCGGGGUUUGACAGAACCUGGAACUUUGUUUAAAAAUCUCAUGGCCAUUCUUCGUGAUGUUGUUAUUUGCUAUGAUGGCACAGUGAGAAAUGUGUGUUCAAAUUCUAUCAUUCAGUUUGAGUACGGAACAAAUGGGUUCAUGUUUAGUAAUGAGUUUGGUGCUGGGGAACCUGUUGGGGUGUUGGCAGCAACAGCAAUGUCCAAUCCUGCAUACAAGGCAGUCCUGGAUUCCUCUCCAAGUAGCAACUCUUCUUGGGAAAUGAUGAAGGACAUACUUCUGUGUGGAGUAAAUUUCAAAAAUGAUGUUUCUGAUCGUCGUGCCAUACUCUAUCUGAAAGACUGUGCCUGUGGAAGGAAAUUCUGCAAGGAAAAUGCUGCUUAUGUUGUCAAAGAUCACUUGAAAAAAGUCAGCCUUCAGGAUGCUGCUAUGGAGCUUCUGAUUGAGUACGGGGGACCAUUAUCAUAUGAUAGCUCUGAAAUUGAUAAUGGUCUUGUAGCUCACGUUCAUCUCAACCAGGAAUUUAUCAGAAGACAUAACAUUAGCAUGAAGACAAUUCUUUCAAAAUGUGAAGACACUAUUAGCUCACUGCAAAAGGGGAAGCGAACUGCCUCUAAGUUCAAGAGGGUUACUGUGCAAGUCAGUGAAUAUUGUUCAUUCCAGCAAUCUUCCAAUGGUAGUCCAGUUCCAUGUUUGACUAUUUUGCAAGGGGCAAGUGGUAGUGAUCUCGUAGAUCAAACUUCGCAUGACCUUGCUGAAGUGAUAUGCCCACCGUUGUUGGAAACCGUUCUCAAAGGUGAUCCAAGGGUCUCUGCAGCUAACAUAAUCUGGGUUAAUUCUGAUACACCAACUUGGAUAAGAAGUCCAACCAAAAGCCAGAAGGGUGAACUGGCUUUGGAUGUUAUUCUUGAGAAGCAUGCAGUGAAAAAGACUGGUGAUGCUUGGAGGGUUGUUAUGGAUUCUUGCAUACCUGUCAUGCAUUUGAUUGACUCCAACCGUUCUAUUCCAUAUGCUAUAAAACAAGUUCAAGAAUUGCUUGGGAUAUCUUGUGCUUUUGAACAGGCUGUCCAGCGCUUAUCAACCUCGGUUACGAUGGUUACAAGAGGGGUUCUGAAAGACCAUCUUGUGCUAUUGGGUAAUAGUAUGACAUAUGGUGGUAAUUUGAUUGGCUUCAAUAUUGGCGGUAUAAAAGCAUUGUCACGAUCACUAAAUGUGCAAGUCCCUUUCAUGGAAGCCACGUUGUCUGCUCCCAGGAGAUGUUUUGAAAGAGCUGCUGAAAAGCAGCAUGUUGAUUCUCUUUCUAGUGUUGUGGCCUCCUGUGCAUGGGGCAAGCAGGUGGCUGUGGGCACAGGAUCUGCAUUUGACCUUAUUCUGGACACGAGAAAGGUUGAACUAAGUGAAGCAUGUGGCACAGAUGUGUAUGAUUUUCUCCAGUUAGUAGGUGGUGGCUUUGCUGCAGAAGAAACUAACACAGGUUGUCUUGGUGCUGAAAUCGAGAAUCUGGAUAUGGAAGAUGAAGCAAUGGAUGGUGACCUUUCUCCUGUUCGAGACUCUGACAAACCAACUUUUGAGGAUAUUCUUGAGUUGGAUGGUAACUCAGACGAACAUGAUUGGAAGGGGGAUCCACCUCAAACCACUCAAUCGAGUGGUGGUUGGGAACAGGCAAAUAAAGGCCAGAGUGGUGGUUGGGAACAGGCGAAGAAGAGCGAGAGUGGUGGUUGGGAACAGGCAAAGAAGAGCGAGAGUGGUGGUUGGGAACAGGCUAAGAAAGCCCAAGGUGAUGGAGGAACCACUAGAGCAUCAGAUUCAGCUUGGUCUGCUUGGGGUGAUCGUGCAGGAGUCAAGGAAACAGGUUUCUCUAACGCAGAGAGUGGUGGUUGGGAACAUGCAAAGAAAGGCCACAGUAAUGGAGUAUCAACUAGAGCAUCAGAUUUAGCUGGGUCUUCUUGGGGUGUUGUUCAAGGAGACAAGGAAACAGUCUUUUCUAACACCUCGAAUAGUGGUUGGGAACAGGCGAAGAAGGACGAGGGUGGUGGUUGGGAACAGCCGAAGAAGGACGAGGGUGGUGGUUGGGAGCAGGCGAAGAAGGGCGAGGGUGGUGGUUGGGAACAGUUAAAGAAAGGCCAAAGUAAUGGAGUAACCACAACAGAGUCUAAUGUACCUUGGUCUGCUUGGGGUGCUGGUGCUGGGGACAAGGAAACAGGUUUCCCUAGCACAGUGAAAGAUGAUACUCUUAGCUUUGAUCAAUGGAAUGUAGAAAAAACUGAAAAAAGCUGGAAGAAAUCAGGUUCUUUUGUUGGGGGAAAAAUGGCGGACUCUGACACAGAUUCUCUUCAUGCUGUCAAAAGUUGUGGCAACUGGGAGGCUGCCUCCAACAAAGCACAAGGCAUUGGGAUAAGUAGCAGAGCAUCGGACUCUACUAAGUCCUGUUGGGGUCCAGCUGCUACCGAAGCUCUCCAUCAAACUUCUGCGAAAUAUGAUGAUGAAUGGGGCUCCAAGAAACCUCCAAGUACUGGCAAGCAAUUAGAGUCUUCAUCUGCCUGGGGGAAGAAAUUCGAUACUCAAGAAAAUUCAUCUUCAAUAGACAAGUCCACUGGAGGAUGGGACCAGAAAAAUGGACCAGGAAAAGCUGGUGAAGAUGAUACGGCAGCAUCAAGUUCAGGCUGGUCCACUUGGGGUGGCCGUCAGUUAAAGGAAGAUAACUUUUCAACUAAGCGACAACAAAGUUUUCCCAGCCAUGAUCGGUGCAGCAUAGAGGAACCUCAAAGCGCUAGCAACCAAAUCGGAACAUCAGUUGGGGAGCUAACAUUUAAUUCUGAGAUAAAUUCCACUCUUGGAUGUUGGGAACGGGAAACUGACAAAGGCCUGAAUGUUGAAACUCAAAGAUCAGCAACAGACUCUUGGUCCAGUUGGGGACAAGGUGCCAGCAAGCAGUCAUCUUCAUCUGCUUGGGAGAAAAAGAUUCAUAACAAGAGGGAUUCACCUACAACAGCCAAAGGUGGUGGAAGUUGGAAACAGGCAGCUGAUGAAGUCCAUGAUGUUGCGACGCAAACAAUAGCUGCAGAUUCAGCAUGUUCCAGUUGGGGAGAUGGCAAGUCUAAAACUGAAGAUGAAUUCUCAAAGUGUGCACGAGGAGCUUCCACCGGUUCUCCUGAGUGGGGUGCAAAGGAAUCACCUAAAGAGGGUGGAUCUUCUUGGGGCAAAAGGGUUUCUGCGAGUGAUACGUGGAGUAAGAAGAAUGAACAUCAAAGUAGAUGGUCAAAAGGGGAUGCAAAGAAGGAUGACCAUCAAAGUAAAUGGUCAAAAGGGGAUGCAAAUAGAAGUCGUCAAAGUUGGGGUUCUUCCAGUCGUGGAGAAUGGAAAAACAAGAGCAACCCUCCUAAUAAGGUUAUGGACAAUUUUAAGGCGGGUGGCAUGUUCACACUAACAAGGCAGAGGCUUGACCAAUUCACAGUGGAGGAGCAGGAGGUUCUUUCUGAUGCUGAACAGAUAAUCCAGAAUAUCCGAAGGAUAAUGCAUCAAACAGGGUACAAUGAUGGUGAUCUCCUGUCUCCUGAGGAUCAGUCAUAUGUUUGUGAUUAUGUGCUCAGUCACCAUCCAGACAAAGCAUCGAAGAUUGGAGCUGGAAUCCAACACAUUAUGGUUGACAAACACACCAAUUUCCAGGAUACAAGGUGCUUCUUUGUUGUCUCUACUGAUAAUCAGAAGCAGGAUUUCUCGUACCGCAAAAGUCUGGAGAACUAUAUCAAAGGCAAGUAUCCUGACAAGGCGGAAGCCUUUCUGGGAAAGUACUUCAAACGGACUCAACCUCGCACUGGAUCGACCCAAGAGAGUCCUACUGAAACUGGAACUCUGGGAGAAGGACAGUAG